AUGCAACCAACACACCAUGACAAUCCAAAACAACGACUGUCUUACAGUUUAAAACGACAUUAUUGCCUCACAACUUCUAAAAAACAACACAACAAUAUGCAAUCCAAAUCCACAUCCAAAUUACCAAGCAAGAGGUUAUCUUUGCAAACAACCAAUUCCACAUCUCGCCUCAACAAUGAACAUAAUAGACGCUCUCUCAAUUCAUCCACAACUAAUUGUGAUACAUGUUCCACUACAUCUAGUAGCACCUCCUCAACCAAUACUGAUUCAUUCUACUCAACUACAGAAGCAAGUAUGCUGAGUGUGAGUAUGGAAUUGUUGGACACAAUGAUUGUUUAUCCAGGUGGUAAACACUCAGUAUUACAACUCAGUGAAAAGCAUCGUGUAUUGUUAGUAUUUAUCAAAUGGUUUGGUUGUCCAAUUUGUCAGAAUGUCAUUGAUGACUUACAGAGAUAUCUGUCAAGCUUUUUAUUGUUAAAUAUUGUUCCAGUAGUUUGUCAUCAAGAAGAUAUUUCCAAGUUUUCAGAAUACCUUUCGAAUACUCAAUUAUUGCAUUGUAGGAUAACCAAGGAAAUGAAGAAGGAAUUCUCUGUCAAGAAAGCUUCCCUCCUAAAACAUGCCAAAGUAAUGCCAAGCAUGAUCAAGUUAAUGGUACAGAAAAAGAAGAAAUUCUUCUUGCCUUCAGCUCAUGAAAUCAAAGGUAUGGACAUGCUUUCAUCAUUUGGCAUGUAUAUUGUACAUAAGGGACAAGUAACAAGCAGCUAUUCAUCUGAUAUUUUGAAUGCAAGACCAGAUUAUGGUGUUUUCUUGUUCCACUUGAAAGAAGAUCAUUUAUAUUCAGAUAGUUCAUCUCCAGAAGACUUUCUUCCAAGACUUUUAAAGCUAUUCCCAAACAUGAAGAUGGUAUUUGAGGAAUUGAGAGAGAAGAGAAAACAACAACCUGAAUUAUCAUCCCUUCCACUCACACCUAGAGGAUCUAAUUUCAGUACUAGUUUUAAAAACAAUGAAGAGGAUGAAUUCUCAUUGAAAAAUGUCUUGGAAAAUGCAACCAUGAGAACAUUCUUCAAGGCCUUCCUAUCCAAUCAAUAUUGUUUGGAGCCAGUUAUCUUUUAUGAGCAAGUUAAAAUGUUCAGAAUGUUGUGUCAGAGAAGAUCACCUGCCAGCCCAUCAUUCGAAUAUCAAAUGGAGAAUAUUCUUGCACACAAUUCACCUAGCUCAGCAUUGGAUUUGAAAAUUCAAGAAUGCAAACAAAAGGCCGAAUACAUAAUUGAUAACUUUUUGAAAGAUACCUCCAUGUUUCAAAUCAAAACAAGUGGAAAGUUAUUAAGGAAAUUAUUCUCAGCCAUUGAAGAGAAAUGCUCUGAUGAAACACUUUUUGAUGAUAUUUUACAAGAUAUCAUAUCGAGCAUUUAUUUGAAAUCGGGUGCUUCUUCUAACAAUGUUUCUAGUGUUUCGAAUAGUGAGAAUAGUUCAGUUGUUAAUAAUACACAACAAGUAAUGGAAUUUAUUGAACCCUAUGUGGAUAAACCAAUGUAUGCUCAUUGUUUAUUUAGAAAUAAGAAGGAUGAACGUGUCAAGAGAGGUGCCAUUCAAAAGUCAAUUAUUUUAUUUUCAUCAAAACCAUUAUUUACUGUUUAUGAGAAUUUAUUGAGAUUGGCAUUGAAUAGAAUUUUGGAUUUGGAUAAUAUUCACUUACAGGUUAAUGCUACAGCUACUAAGAAACAACCAGGUGAAGAAUUAAACGAAACGGAUUUAAAUCUUUUGAAUCAAGUUCAUGAUCAGAUUAAUGAUACUUUGAAAGAGUUUUAUAACGAGUGCAGAAAUUGUAACAUGUUACAAUUGAAAUUAUUCCCAAAUACUGAUACUAUUACUUUGAAUAUUCCACGUCAGAUUGAUCCAUUCACACCAAUUGCAUUUACACAUGGAACUUCUCUUGUACAAUUAGUUCAAUAUUUUGGAUUGGAAACAAUGCUUGUUUGUUGGAAUGCUCUAUUGUUGGAUAAGAGAAUUAUGGUAAUUGGUUCACCUGCCAAGUUGGUUUCACAGAUCUGUCUCACUCUUCCUCUCUUGAUUUAUCCAUUCCAAUAUAAUGUCAAUCGUGUACAUCCAUAUGUGCCACUCUCAGAGAUGGAUGAUGUGUUAUCUGCAACUUCUAAAAUUCCAGAAUAUAUCAUUGGUACGACGAAUGCUCUCUUUGAAACUCAAGGAAAAAAUCAGAGAACUCAAUGGUGGGAUGUUUGUUUGAGUGUCAAUUCUAGAAAAGUUCAACUUGCUGAAAAGAUGCCACCUCAUUUCGGUGGUUCUGAUUUGGCAUUCCUCAAUACCAAUGAUAGCGAAGAUGUUCAAAUUGAAAAGCUCAAUGCCUAUCAGAAAGUAUUCAUGUUAAAUGUCAUUAGUGGAGUGAGAGAUGGAAAGAGUGAACAAUGGGUUCGUGAUCAGUUCAAAACUCACAAUCUCAAGUUUAUUACCGAAUUAUUGACAAAGGGAAAGCUUACUGAUAUAGUUGAGAAUGUUCCGUCUGAUGUAGGUGUCGAUCCACAAAAACAACAAGUGGCUUUGAAGAAUAUUUCAGGAGGUCAAUUGAAAAAGAUUCAAAGACAGUUCAUUGCUGAAUCCUCCAAGUUUAGAACCUAUGCUUUCAAACAAUAUUCAACAUUUAGAAGUUCACACUGUAGUGGAGAUAAGAGUGAUGACAAACAAUCGGAAUCUGUUCUCCAAUUAUUGCAAUAUUUACAGGACGAUAGGAUUAUCAAGAAGCAAAAGCUUAAAUACUUGUUUGAUUUGGAUAAGAUGUUGUGUAAUGUUGAUCAAAUUGACUUGUUAUUGUCAGUUAGUGAUAAUUCAAGUAUUUUUACAACUAUUAAGAAUAACAAGUGGUUAAUUGAUGAUAAUAAUCAGUGGAGAAAGUACAGUGCCAGUAUUUUAUCCCAAUUGGCAAUUAGUGUUAAAGGUCAAAUUCAAUUAUUGUCUCUUCUUCCAUCUAUCAAACUCUUGACCGAAGAUUCAAUGCCAAAUGUCAAGAGAAUUGGUUAUUACUGUAUUAUGAAGGUUAGCAACUUGUACAUUGGUACAUAUGCCAUCUUGAGAAACCACCACGACAUUAUUGAAAAGAUUCUUGAUAACAUUUUGAAUGAGAGUGUGACAGAUGCCAAUUUUUAUGAAAUUAGAAUGUACAGCAUUCAAACCUUGUUACAAAUUUGUCACUAUUUUGAUUAUUUCAAACAGAGUAUUAAUGUUAUCAUGACAGAUAAGGUCAAUAAUAAUAUGAUUGAAGAUGACGAUGCCUACGCCAAGAUUGUCAGUGUUUCCGUUGAUAAUUCAAUGAUUUCUUCAAUUGUUGAAAAAUUGGAAGGAUUUAAAACUAAAAUUGCUGGCAGUUUCUCCUACAGUAGUAUUUCCAAUAACAGUGUAGCAAAAAGAAGUUUGAACGAUUACAAAUUCAUUGACAAGUUACUGAUUCUCUACGAUUACUAUGAACUCUAUAAUAAUUACCACAUUCUCACUGAGAGUGCUCUCAAGUACAAUAUGAAUGUCUUUUAUUAUUUGAGAAAUUUUGACAAUUCUCAGGCAAAUUCAUCCUUCACUGAAAUGUAUCAUCACAUCUCAUCUAUCAUUAUGAAUAUUAAGAAUGAUUUGAAGAAGAGUAGUUCAGUUCAACAAUCAGAGGGCGAAGAUUCCAGUGAUCCUCAAACACACAUCAAUGAAUUCCAUCAUCACCACAUGAGUGUUUACUUGUUAGCUCUCUUACAAAGCACCAAUUUGAUCAAUAUCAUUUUCAAUGAAUUUAUUUUGAACGUGAAUCAUAUCAAAACUUACAAGAAUUACAAAAUGCUCUACAUGGUCAUGCAAUUAUUGUACUAUGUCAUUGAUACCAAUGUUGGAAUGUACUAUUUAUUAAUUUCCAAUUAUAUUGAAUAUUGCUUGACAUUUAUCAAGUACUUUUCCAUUUUGAAGAACAAUGAUCCAGAGGAAAGCAGUGAGGGCAAUUUGAAUUUCAGACUUUUCAAAUGUUAUUCCUUUAUCAUGUUCCUCAAAAGACUUUGCAAGUAUAAGAAGGCAGCGUGUAGACUCAUUGAAUCUAAUGCUCUUCAUAUUUUAGGUCAAUUCAUCAUUACUCAUUAUUACAAUCCAUUAUUAUCCAAUUUGACCUAUGCAGCCAUUGAUGUAUUCCAAGAUCUUUCUGUAUUUUACUUUACACACUAUUCCAAUCCAUUGGAUUCUCAAUGUGUAACCCAAUAUUUCAUUGAAGAGGAUUCCACCAAUAGCAGUGGCAACCAAGACGAGGAAGAAUUCUUUAAAAAUCCACUCUAUGAGAGAAAUUCCACAUUGUACUUUAAGAAGAGAAUUAAGGAUCGUCUGGAAAUUCUGCCAGAACUCAGAAAGAAACAUUUAUUCAAUUCUCUCUACAAAAUUGCCUCAGCAACCUCAAAAACUGAAGAUUUUGAAAAGAAUUUCCAACACGAAGCCAUGUUAGAAAGCUCAAACUUCAAAUACCAUUAUCAUUUACAAAAACCAAGUGAGAAAUCUCCGAGAGUUCUUUCAAGACUUUCCAAAUUUAAACAAAAAUUUACAGUGCAAACUAGUGAAAAUGAUGGAGAUGAUCAUUUUGAGAUGAAUGUUUUGGAUCAGAAAUUGAGACAGUGUGUUCAUAUUUUGAAUACUUUUAUUUUCAAUUCAGAUAAUGAAAUGAAACUUUCUUCUGAGGAAUAAAAAUUAUAUUCG